AUGGAACACUUAAAUGAAAAUGAUCGCCGAUCUGUGAUUGCCGAAUUUUAUAGAAGGCAUAUGCAUUUAAAAAAGUCAUUCACCCUUAAUCACUUCUUCCAAAUGGGGAUAUCAAAAAGGACAACUUAUAGUAUUUGCAGAAGAGUAGAGAAUGGGAAUUCGGUAGAACGACAAGUAGGAAGCGGAAGACCAGCAAGAAAAAUGUCCCAGAAGAAGAGAGAAGUCUUAGUCAAUCAAAGUCACGGUAAACUUGGUGUUUCACUAAGAAAGAUUGGACGGAAAUUUAAAAUUGACAAAAAGUAUGUUAGCAACAUAUUAAAGGAGAAUAAUGUCAAACUUGCAACACGAAAAUCCGCCCCCAAAUAUUCAGAAAAACAAAAGUUGGAACAGAAACGAAAAUUAAGGCAUCUUUCUGAAUCCGCUUUUUCCCCCUCAAAUGGAACUGAAAUAAUCAUCGAUGACGAAUCCUACUUCACUUUUGAUGGUAGCGAUACUGCUAACAAUAAACAUUUCUAUUGCAAGGAAGGAGAAGAAGUAGAUGAUAAAGUGAAAUUCAAAGGUCAUAAAAAAUUUCAGUCCAAGUUGUUGGUCUGGUUGGCCAUUUCUUCACGUGGACAUUCUACUGCGUUUAUUUGCCCACCUGGAAAUUCUGUUAAUGCAGAUAUUUAUGAAAAACAGUGCAUUAGGUCUCGACUUGUCCGCUUUAUAAGAGAAAAGCAUUCGGAUGGCAAUUUUGUAUUUUGGCCAGACAUGGCAACAGCUCAUUACGCAGCUAACGUUAUUGCUGCAUAUAAUGAGUUAAACAUUCCUUUUAUCCCUAAGGACAAAAAUGUUCCCAACGUACCUCAACUACGCCCAAUUGAACGUUUUUGGAGAAACCUAAAGAGGAAUGUGUACGAAAAUGGAUGGGAAGCCUCGACACAUGCAGAAUUAAAGAAGCGUAUACUGCUGAAAAUACGGCAAACAAAAAUAACGGCUUUUACAAAUUUAAUGCGCCGUGUUAAAACAAAAAUUCGUAAAGCAAGUAGAUAUGGUACAGAAUGUGUUCUUUAA